GAAGAUUAUCGGGUGAAAGCUGUCCCGUUAAAUUGGAUACAGAUCCUUUUGCUCUGAAAGUCGUCCAUCACUAAGUAAAUCAGCUGAUGGUAGCAGCGGUAGAAACAGGCCUGCGAGAAGUAAAGAGUAAAAAUAAUAAUUCGCACAACAGCCGGUUCUACUUUGCCGGAAUUGACCCGGAUUUUAUCUGGCCUAGAGCUGUACUUUCGUAGAUCUGGUCCAAAACCCGGAGGAAUUUUUGUGCUGCUCCAUCCAUCCAAACUACACCUCGGUUAGGUGUAAUACAUGCAAUAGAUGGAGUCAUCUUAAGACCUGCUCAGGCCGAGUGACCAACAGACGACCUCCACAGUCCAUAGGAGUUAAAACAGGCAGUAUGACUCCCAUUCUGAUCAGUCGCCAGUUUCAAUUUAACUGAAACGGAAGAAGACCGAGAACUGUUCCCACGACAGUCGGGUCUAAGUAACCGGAGCGGACCCGGUUUUUUUAACCGGCGAAAGACCAAUUUCCACAACAGUAAGUUCUAUGAUAUUGGAAUCGGCCAGGGGCUGUUAUUUCGGCGAUCUAACCCUGUUUGGAUCAGUAAGGAAGACAUUAUUGUUUUGAAUUGAAGAGAGGAUGCCCUAUGACCCUCGGACAUAAUGCGAAGGAAAGAAGAAAAAGUUAGCGAGAACGCAGUCAAAGACACAAAGACUCUUCUGGAUUUUGUUAUCAAACUGGAUCAUCACACCUAUUCAAAAGUACACAGCUGAUGACUGUUGACAAUUCAAAAGAUGACAAAGAGUACUUACAAACACAAGGAACUGCUACCUGUUACCGUUAUGUUGAAAGGAGUUUGAGGAGUGGAAAAGUGAAAAAUGUAAUCAAUGCAAAUGAUCAGUGCAGCUCAUAAAGUACAAAAAUUAAUCAAAGUUGGUAUAAACAGGAUGCAUAGCUCUGUAGAAGAUGUGCAGCUGAACUCACUACACAUAAAGGUGUUGCCUGCGUUGCAAGACAAUUUUAUGUAUUUGAUUAUCGAUAGCUCAACAAAAGAAGCAGCCAUUGUUGAUCCCGUCGAUCCGGAGAGCGUGCUGGCUGCUGUAAGAGAAGAAAAUGUGCAUCUCACUAAAGUUUUAACUACACACCAUCAUUGGGAUCAUGCCGGUGGUAAUGAAAAGCUAGUAAAACUUUAUGGCAAACCAUUAGCUGUAUAUGGUGGCGACGAACGCAUUGGAGCACUUACAAAUAAAGUCACGCAAGAUGAUAAAUUUGAAAUUGGUAAUCUUAAAGUGAGUUGCCUUUUCACGCCCUGUCACACCACAGGACACAUCUGUUACUUCGUUGAAUCGCCAAAUAGUGACGACAGAGCAGUUUUUACCGGUGACACCCUUUUCCAAGGUGGCUGUGGACGUUUCUUUGAAGGCACACCGGAUCAAAUGUACUCAGCGUUGUGCCAGAAACUAUCUUCUUUGCCGGAAGACACCAAAGUCUUUUGUGGUCACGAGUAUACGUUACAGAAUAUGGCAUAUGCGCGUCAUGUCGAACCCAUGAAUGAGCGGAUUAUGAAACGUAUAGAAUGGGCAAAGUUGCGACGUGCUACCAACGCACCAACUGUACCGUCAACUAUUGGCGAGGAGAAAUCCUGGAAUCCAUUCAUGCGUGUACAUGAGCCUAAUGUACAGAAACAUGCUGGCGAGCAAGAUCCCAUUAAAACAAUGGGCAGUUUACGCAAAGAGAAGGAUAACUUUAAAGCUUAAAGGUUUUUGAUUGAAUGAAUAGAAAAAUGGUGUUGGGUGGUAUGUUAAAUAUUAUGCACACACUUUAAAUAUUUCCAUAACUAAAUAUGUAUGUUUUGUUGUUAUAUUCGUUGUUUUUAUGUAUAUGUUAAUUCCGAAAAAUGUGAAUUUAAAAUUUACUAUAUAUUGCCUCGACACAGAGCAUAUCAAUUUAAUUUGUGUUUAGAACACUUAUGAAAAGAUUACGCAGCUGACAUUUACUUUAAAAUUUUUACUAUUGUUUUUGAAACUGUUGGAAUUUCAAUUACAAAACACACCAAAUUAAUUCUUGAAUUUAUGUAAGUACGUCAAAACUUGAAAUAACAUUUUGUGAUUUAUGCCUGAAGAUUAAAAAUUGUAAACUUACAAUAAAAAUUAGCUGAAAUAAAUGUGCUCACUAUUUGGGCGUGGCUUAGCCCAUUAUAUAUAUAACAA